GCCGCUACGACCGCGGCGCCGGUAGACGCGUUCCGACGACGACACGAUUACAAGAGAUCGAGCACCGGAGACGAGUCGAUUGCCGCCGCCGCCGCCGCCGUUUUUCGGGUAACACGCGCGGCCGACCGCCGGCGCACGGAAUAUUAUUCGCACGCGAUCACGAUUAUUUACCGUCGUCAUGCCGCGUUGUUCUCCGGGCGCGUAACGCCGUGGCCGUACCAGUUUUUGGUGGGACCGACGACGGUUUUUUUGUUGUUUUUCAAUUUUUUCAAUUUUUCUCGCACGACCGCGAGCGUUAUACUAACCAACACUACGUGCGAAGCGGGUCUCGCACGAUAGAGUGAUAUGGCUUUGGAGACGGAACGUUGCAGCCCGAACAACGCUUCUAGUCCCGGGCCGACGGACAACAACCGACGCCCCGGGUUGGACGAUUGCAGCGAUCAGACCAAGGAAAUGUCACCGCACGCGCGUUGCAAGACGCCUCCUCCGUCCGCGUGCGACGACGGUGACGGCCGCCCGGUGGUACCGGCUACCGUCACCGCGACGGCCACUUCGGCUUUCCGAUCGGUACGCGAGGGCGCAGUGCCGGCCGCUACCACCGCGGCCAACGACAACGACGACGACAUCGACGACCACGACCACGACGACCACAGCCAACUGCGGACACCGGCGGACGCGUCCUUACUACUGGCCUGCAGCAAACCGUUGAGCAUAUGCUCGCCGUUGCAGAACAAGACGGCUGCGGACAAGGGUGUUCAUGGUUUGCAGCCGUCGCUCCCGCAGCAGCAGCCGAACGCCAGGAAGAAACCAUUUCAUCCCGUGCACAAACCUAACGCGUUGACCGACGUGCCGCGAUGGAUGCAGCAGCAGCAGCAGCAGCAGCAGCAGAGCACGGCAGCCGUCCUGGAAACCGCUGAGCCACCACAGCAAUCCGCCGCGGCCGCGGUCGAGUACACGAUGGCCAUGGCCGCGGCCGCCGCAGCCGCUGCCGCCGCGGGUCAUGUGCCGCCCGUGUUCCCGUUUAACUCGUGGAUGUAUCGGUUCAACUUUUUGCCCAUCGUGCCAGCCGCCGCGGCCGAAUACUUCCGCGAUGUUCACCACCUACAGCGGAACGGCGAACAAAGUUCGCCCGAAACGGACGUACAACUACCGGCCGCGCACCAUCACCACCUUUUGCCGAUUCAUCAGCUGCAGCACCAACACAUCGAACUAUCGGCGAUCAGACAACAACAGUCGACCAUCGAAAACCUGCACCAUCCAGCAGCCGUGCACUUGCCGGUCCACAGACCAGUUGUCACGUCGAUCCCGCAACCGGUGCCCCUGCCGCUGCAGCCACCGUCCGUAUCGUCGCUGUUGCCGCAACCGGUGUGCCCGCCGCCGCCGCCGCAACCGCCGCUGGUACACCAAACGUUACCGCCACCACCGUCCGCGACCACGCUGUCGCUGUCGGGUUACGUCUCCCGACCGACCAGCACUUCCGGUUCGUCGGACGUGUCGUCUUCAUGUGGUGCGACGACCAACGGCACCGCGGCCGCAGCUGGCGGCACGACGAACAAAACGUUUUGCCGAUCGCCGUCGCCCCGUUCGCCCAGCCCGUUUCCGCUCGCGUUCUCCGUCGACAACAUACUCCGACCGGAAUUCGGCACCAAACUACAUCAUCACCACCACCACCACCACCACAACAACAACCGGGGCAGGCAGUCGACGUCCGCGUCACCACCGCCCAUGGCCGCACUCGCCGCCGCCGCCAAACUGCAUUACAACAGGUCCGCGCAGCAACAGCUGAAGCAGCCAGCGGCGGUCCAAUCGUCGUUACUCCGGCCGGGUCCAACGCGUCCGAAGACCACCGCGGUCGGUCCGAAACGGUCAUCUGCUGCCGUGGAAAAACUAAAACGGAAGCCUGUGCCGUCGUCACUUUCGCCGGGCCACUGCAUCAACAACAACAACAACAUUAAGUUGGCCGCCGCUGUCAAUGGCGUAGACGGCGACGGCGGCGGUCACCACCAUCUCAAGUCGGACGAGUCUAUGAUUAACAACAACAACACCAACAGCAACGACAACGAGUCCGGAUCGGACGCGGCCGGAAGCGGUGACCAGCAGUCCAACGAGAAGGAGUUGUGGCCGGCUUGGGUGUAUUGCACGCGGUACUCCGACAGACCGUCUUCAGGACCACGUUCGCGGAGGAUGAAACGUAAGGAUAAGUGCCCGGAGGAGAAACGACCCAGGACGGCAUUCAGCGGCGAGCAGCUAUCUCGGCUUAAGAAGGAGUUCAACGAGAAUCGGUACUUGACGGAACGCAGGCGCCAAGAGCUGGCCAACGAGCUGGGGUUGAACGAGGCGCAGAUAAAAAUUUGGUUCCAAAACAAGCGAGCCAAGAUCAAGAAGUCGAGCGGUUCAAAGAACCCGCUGGCCCUACAACUAAUGGCUCAGGGACUGUACAAUCAUACUACCGUGCCCAUGUCCGACGACGAGAUGGAAGACCACUUGACCGUCGCGUCCUCGUAAUGUGUCCCUCGGUCCUGCCACCCGAGCCCUCUAUGCCAGCUUUUUUUUUGAUGCAGCCCAACACUCCCACCGGAAUAGGUACAGUGCGUACCCCUGGGGCACAUGUUAGGGUGGUACACGUAUAUUAUAUGCAACGAGGCGAUAGGUUUAGAAUCUUCUUCGCGACAUAGUGUUCAAUCGAUGUCGUGUCCAAGUACUCGCUCUGCAUAUUGCGCAUAUCAUAUGCAUAUCGCGUGUACGCUGUAGGACCUAUUCAUUGGCUGUUCAUUGAUCAGGUUAAUCUCCUGCCCGAGAAGUCUUCGCCACGUUAUCUGUACGGAUUUAAACAUUUACGUAAUAUGUAUGAUACUUAAAGUUAUAUUUGUAUUUCAUAUAGAUACGACGUUGUAUUUCUUCCGUUUCUAUGUACGUUUUCGUCCUCUAUACAUCUCAAUGUAUUUUCCAAUUUGUCCCAAAACAAAACUUCCACAAUCCCCAUAUACCCACACGUUUUAGUGUUUAAUUGCGUUCUCCACCACCCCCGAAUCCCGCGCACGUGUAAAUAACAUUGUAUAAUGCGUAUAUUUAUUAUUACAGUAACUCGCAUUUUUUGUUAAAACUUUUGUUUCUAUUACGUUUCUAUUUAUAAUGAUAAUAAUAAUAUAUGUUAUUAAGUAUAAAAUUUUACUCGCGAUUCGUCUAUCGAACCGCACGGAAAACGCGUACACAUUCAUGUGUGAGCGUGAUGUGUCCGUCGCUUAUUGUGUUGCAUAGCGAUGAUGUACAUAGAUAAAUAUUUAUCUUAUAAGUAUAUAUAUUAUAUAGUUAUAAUCAAAGUGUCUUCUUUCCAUAUACGCGCAUAUACUGUGCGUAUAUAUUAUUUUAAAUUGAAAUAAGACCGAUAGUUAACGUAGUUAGUGUCCGUCACAUCCGCACACCCACGCCCGUAUACUUUUCACUAAAGUCGAUUUUGUUUGUGCCACGCGAACUCGAUCCGCAUGCAUGUGUAUUAUUACUUCGACCAAUUCAUCGAUUCGUAUGUGUACAUAAGGAAAAUAAACGGUAUUACGACCAAGAAUAAUUUACUCUUCGUUUACAGUUGCAAUACAUAAUUUUACGAUACUUAGUGGACGGUAAAUAUUCUGAGCCCACAGAAAUUCACGGAAAAUAUCUUUAUCAUACGAUCUUAUAUGCAUUAAUAUCAUGCAAUGAUCGAUUCAGAUAUACAACUAGAAAUUUAUGUUUCGGUUUUAUAUUGUAUCAACGGUAAUUUAUCGUGUUUUCUUUCCCCCUCUCCUUUUUUAAUAGAUUACGUAUACAGUAAAACCUUUAUAACACCGUAAAAAUAUUCCGUGUAAAUGGGGUUCAAGAAAAAAGAAAUGGAAAUUAAAGAUUACUUAUUUUUAGCAAGUGAACAUAAUAAUAUGUAUAAUAUAAAAUUAAUGGCCAUUCUAAGUUUGGCUUUUCAUGUUGUUUUCCGUCUUAGAGGGGAGGGUGGUUGAGCCUAUUUUCAGACGAUAAAGUGUCCGUUUCCGGCUUAGUGAGGUUUCCGCCUUGACGGGAUGAAUUCAUUAUAUAUCUGAAACGGGACCAAAGAUAUUUUCCAUAUCAACGGGGUUACCGUCCUAUUGAAGUUUUACAGUAUAUACUCGUACUUAAAAAUGACGUGUAAACCCAACAGUCAAUUUAUUUAUUAAAAACUCCAUGAUAAACUGUACAUAUAAUAGUUUAUAUUAAAUUCGUAUUGUUUAUGUAAAUUCCACAUUGUACACGUGCAUCUGAGCAGUGACGUAAAUUGGAUCCAAUUUCUGGUGGUGCAGAGGCAUAUUCUCAACUUAUAAUUUCCAACACACCAAUUUUCCAAUUUC